UUUACAGCCCAUAAAGUAAAAUGUACUUUUAUAUUUAAGCAUUUAGCCGGCACUUUUAUCCACAGCGGUUUCAAAGAGAAAAGGGUUCAUACAACUUUGGGACAGCAAAUCGAAACAAUUUGUGAUCAUGUUACAAACCAAAAAUACAUUUGUCACACCAUGGAGGAACACACCCUGGAACGAGAAAGAACGUUUGGAAAAAGAUCUGAGGGAGUUUCAGCUCAGUCACCCAAAUAUCGAAUAUGUCAGGAUCCUGGUAGUUGGAGAAAUCGGAGCAGGGAAAUCAAGCUUCAUCAAUUCAAUCAACAGUGCUUUCCAGAAGAGAAUCACAACAGAGGCUCUUGCAAAUGCCACUUCUAGUACAUCUUUCACAAGAACAUACAGAACCUAUACCAUUAAAAGUGGAGAAUCUAUUCUGCCGUUUGUCUUUAAUGACGUCAUGGGCUUAGAGUCUGAGGAAUCAAGAGGUGCACAUCCAGAGGACAUUGUCAAAGCCCUACAGGGGUUCCUGAAGGAAGGACACAAAUUCAAUCCAGCAUCUUGUGUUUCUGUUGAUGAUGAGGGCUACAAAAGUAACCCAACCCCUCAGGAAAGGACAUACUGUCUGGUCUAUGUCAUGGCAGCUGAUAAAGUAUCAUUAAUGAGUUCGGAGGUCAUUAAAAAGAUGGAGUAUGUUAGGAAAAAGGCCAGUGAAAUGGAAAUUCCUCAGGUAAUCAUCUUGACAUGAUUGAUGAAAUAUUGAUGAAUCAUGUCCACUGGUCCACAAAGAUUUGAGGGAUAUCUACAUGAGCAAGAUGAUCAAAGCGAAGAUGCAGGAUUGCAGUAAUCUUGUGGGUGUGCCCGUGAACAACAUCUUUCCUGUAAAGAACUACCAUGAGGAAAUUGAUAUACAAAACGACAUCGACGUACUGCUUCUAAGGGCACUUAAACACAUUGUGGAAAUAGCAAAUGAUAAAUUAAGUAGAAAGGAUGAAGUAAAAUCUGAAUGAUGUCAUCAUAUCAUGCACUUUUCUAAUCUAUUUGACCCUUUUGGCUUUUUCUUAUCUCUAGAUAUCUUUUUCUCCUUUAAUCUUCUUACAUGCCACAUUGAAAUGUCUUAUUAAUUCUUAUUUUUUUAUUUGGCAGUGAGUAGAAGUACAUAUAAAAUAUUUUUUAUUAAAAAAAAUAAUUUUCAAAAGUUUUUGUUUAUUUACAAAAUCUCUCAAAAGUCCUUUAGGGUGUGUGCUAAUUUGACUGUAUAUGUAUUUCACCCUGAGAGGGUUUUUUAUUUUAAUAAAUGACUUUAGUAAUGACUAGUUCAGUAUUGAUUUAGGAAGAAAUGUCGUCCUCUACUGGUCAAUAAUAAAAAGUCCAGAAUUCUUAGACUGAUUUUGUGAUGAAUGACACUGAUUGUCAUCUUGGAAAACAAACGUCUAACUAUUAUGAUGAUUUUUUUAUAAAGUCACUAUAAUUAAGACAAAUUUUAAUUUGUCAUGUGGAUGCAUUAUGGGCGCUAGUGAACCACAUUUACUUUAGAUGUGAUCUCAACAAGAGAAAACAACUUGAAAGCACACUUUUCAUGUAUGUGAAUUCAUUUACGUUGUUUGUAAAUCAACAGCAGGUUAGACCUUUAUGUUACAAUGAU